AUGAUACUUAUCUUACUGUUGCUAUUAUUCCCUACUGUAGUUGAAAAUUGCCUCGUUGUGAAAACAGUGGAGCCACCAAAAUGCGAAUGUCAGUCAUUGGCUCUGUCCAUUUCAAAUAUUGAAUCAAUUAUCGGGAACCAUGAAUUCUAUAAAUCUAAUAUAUCCAAAUAUUCAAUUCAUGCUCCAAAGAUUUCAAUUGAUGACUGUCAUACACAAAUGUAUUGUGAAGGUGUAUACAGUCUAGUGGUAUUUGAUGACAUCGAGAAAUAUCAUGUGUUUGGUGCCUACUCUACUGAUGGUCUUUGUGACCCAUUCACUCAGAAAUGGUUAGUCGAUGAUGGCUCUGCAACAUUAACAACUUAUGGAAAGAUGCAAGGAGUUUGUGUUGAUUAUACCACCAAAGCCUACACAUGCCCUUGUAGACUGUACUCUGUGGAUACUCAAAAUGCAAGAGAGAUGAUCAGUCCACAUGAAAUAUAUCAGGGUUUAUUGUACAAAUAUCAAUUGAUUAGACCUACACUUCCCGAUAAAGAGUGUCCAAGCAAUUUCAGUUGUCCACAGAAUAUGACUAGUGUUUUAUUGGUUUCUUCAUAUUAUAAUCUGCAGGGAACAAACCAAUUCACUUGCGGAACCGAUGAAUUCAACACACCCGUAUGGAGAAAUGAUCAAGUGUCCAUGUUUAUCAGUGAUGACCGAUGUACAGUGUCAUACGGAUGUAAACGAGGAGUUGCUCUCACUCUCACUAAAGUCAGAGGCGAGAUUCUGCGGAGUGAUCGAUUCGAUGCUGUUUGCCACGUGGACGAGGACGAGGAUACCAACACAUGGACAGUUGUACAACAUAAGAGUGCUUUUGGAGAGGAACAAAUUUUUGAGAAUCAAGAUUUGUUUGCUUAUGCAUGUGCUACAACAUAUUGA